AAUAGGCUGUGACUUUUAAAAACAAUACUAACUUAAACCUAACUAAUAUCGAUGGAUAAUCUCUCACUUGGCGUGAUCCGGCCACCCCCGGAAAGUUCCACCAAGCGGCUGAAAUCGGAACUGGACUCAAAAUCAGGUCUGGAAUCUGAAGAUGAAUCGGAAUCAAACGAGGAAACAGACACUGAAUCAGAUGAUGAAUUAGAAUCAAAGAAAGCACAAGAGGAAUUAGAAGUCUACUUGACUUGGGAAUCAAAGCCAAUUGAAUAUCUGCAGGAAAGGUACGAUGAUGAUCCUUGUCCCCGUUAUUUUGCGUGUAAGAACUUUUCUUAUAGGAAUAAAGCUAUGUUAAAAAAAGAAGAAGAUAGUAAAAAGGCAGUGGCUGAGUAUUUGGAUAAAUCUCGCCACCUAAGUCCCUUCGAUGCUAUCCCUAUUCCUCCGAUGGCAAAUGUAUGUGGCAAUAACUUUCCAGGACCCAUUCCCCUUACGGAAAAUUAUCGACCGCAUUUCAUUCAACUCUCCAAACUUGCUUUGGAUUACUAUAAUCAUCACAACCAGGGUUUGAAUUAUGUGUUUGAAGACAUUGUGAAGGUAACCGGACGGCAUAUUCCUCUUGGUACUUGUUACAUUACCUUUAUAGCAAAACCUAAAGCUUCUAUCCAGCCUGCUACAACUUUUCAAUCUGAAGUCUGGGAUAGACUUACUUCACUCGGACCACCUAUUGUCAAGUCAUGCUCCAUUAAAACCUAAUGUUCACAUUACGGCUGUCAUGGAGUUGGUGUUGGAGUCUAUUCACCUUAAGAAUGCAUGAAAUGAAACACGUGUAAACAGUCUAUUACUUCAGCUUGGUAGGAUUUUUAAUAGAUUAGAGAAUGCAUAGGAAGUAUUUAGAGUUACAAGAAGAUAUUAUAGAUAGUUAACCAAAAGUUUUUAAGAUUUAAAUAUUCAGAUUUAGCAUGCGGAGUUACACUUUCAAGAAUAAAAGUGGUGGUUAUAAAAUAAAUUAUUGUACGGGUAGUUGACCAUAUAACUUCUUUAAUGAGUUGUGUGUGGAAAAUGAGAUUUGAUUAGAGAA